AUGAGCGUUAUCAGACCCUUGACACAAAAUUGGACUUUCACCCAAGUUGGAGGAGGAAAAGGCACCAAGAAGGAUGAAUGGCUAUCUGUUUCGCAGUUUCCGACCACUGUGCAUGUGGAGCUUCUCAAAUUGAAGAAGAUUCCUGACCCGUUCCUCGGUUUGAACGAGUGGGAAGUGCAAUGGGUUGGUGAGGGCGAUUGGGCAUUCAAAAAUACCUUCGUCGCCUCAGGAGCAGAGCUCGCAACUUCCAACGCCGAUCUUGUUUUUGACGGUUUAGACACAUUUGCGACUGUACAACUGAAUGGCCACAAAAUUCUCCAAACGGAGAAUCAGUUUGUGUCUUACAGAGCACCUGUAAAACAAUAUCUUCAAGCCGGCUCAAACGAGCUGUUGAUAUCCUUUUCAAGUGCUUUUCUUAAGGGGCGAGAACUGGAAAAGCAGAACGGGAAGUUGCAUCUCUGGAAUGGCGAUUCCAGUCGUCUCCAUGUACGCAAGGCCCAGUACAACUACGGAUGGGAUUGGGGCCCCGUUCUUAUGACUAUUGGACCAUGGAAGCCUGUCAAGCUACAUACCUAUAAUACCCACCUCACCGAUGUCGAUGUCAGGAGCAAAGUCUCCGAGUCUCUCGAUGUCAGUCUCUCCGUAGACCUUUCACUCUCGGAGAAGACUGCGGGUUCUGCUUCGGUUGUGUUGAAGAACUCUCAAGGCGCAACUAUCGUCAGCGAAUCCGACCUCAAGACUGACUCUGGUAGCGCCAGGACGGAAUUUUUCUUCUCUCCUGGUGUUCUAGACCUAUGGUAUCCAGUAGGAUAUGGUAAACAACCAUUGUAUACCGUGGAGGUUCAAGUCAAAGAUAAGCAAGGGAAUGUUUUGGAUACUAAAAUAGAAAGAGUAUCUUUCAGGCGUGUUCGCGUUGUUCAAGAGCCCCUCGUUGAUCAGCCAGGCCUGACGUUCCUGUUCGAGGUUAACAACAUCCGUGUUUUCUGUGGUGGCUCGAAUUGGAUUCCGGCUGAUUCGUUUUUAACAACCCUAACUGCGGAUAGGUACAGAGCCUGGUUGCAGUUGCUUGUGGACGGAAACCAGAACAUGGUUCGUGUUUGGGGAGGAGGGAUAUACGAGGCUGAUGCAUUCUAUGAUACUUGUGAUGGUAUUUUUCUCGUCUGGCAGGACUUCAUGUUUGGCUGUGGGCAGUAUCCUGCAUAUGACUCUUUCCUCAAGCUGGUUGAGGUAGAAGCUGAACAGAAUGUUAAGCGACUCCGUCAUCAUCCUUCGGUCGUCAUCUUUGCCGGAAACAACGAAGAUUACCAGCUUGCGGAGUCCAUCAAGAUUGUGGACUACUCUGAUGAGACGUCAGAUUUCCGCAAAACUGAGUUCCCUGCGCGCUACAUAUACGAACGUACCCUACCUUCCAUCGUAAACAAAUUCUGCGACAUAUUCUACCAUCGUAGCUCCCCCUAUAGUGCACCGGGUGUUGUUACUACGGACAAGACUCUUGGUGACUUGCAUCAGUGGAACGUUUGGCAUGGCUCACAAGAGCCUUGGCACAACUGGGAUAUCCUUGCUGGUCGUUUUGUUUCUGAAUUCGGCAUGGAGGGAUAUCCGAACAUCCGAACUGUGGACUACUGGUUAGCUGGCGACAAGUUGGAGCGAUACCCGCAAUCACGAGUGAACAACAACCACAACAAAGCUGACGGUUUCGAGCGCCGGUUAGAGCUUUACUUGGUCGAAAAUUUCAAACAUGCGUUCGACAUGGACAGUUACGUGUACUACACGCAGAUCAUGCAAGCGGAAACUUUGGCGUCUGCUUACCGUCUUUGGAGGCGUAACUGGCGUGGGAGAGGCAGGGAGCAUACUGCGGGUGCUCUCGUUUGGCAGAUCAACGACUGUUGGCCGACAACAUCUUGGGCCAUCGUCGACUACUUCCUCCGGCCCAAGCCGGGCUAUUUCACUAUUGCGCGUGAAUUACGACCGUACACAGUUGGCAUGACACGUAAAGAGAAGAAGACUUUCGCGAACGAAUUUUCUGCCGCUGAUUUCAAGAUUGAGACCAUCCUGGAAAUAUGGGGCACAAACAACAGCCUGUCUGAGAAAUCGGCUACACUUGAAGUGACUUCAUUUGACUUACAUUCGUCGUGGACAGACAAGUGGUCGAAGGCCGUGAAACUUGGGCCGAACGCCAGCACAGAGCUGUUUAGUGAUAAUCUCCCCGGCCAGCCUGUCAGGACGAAACAAAGCGAAGUACCUGGUGUUAUUAUUGUUUCUGCGCGUCUGUUGGACGCAGAUGGCACUGUGCUUGGUAGAUACUCGAAUUGGCCGGAGCCUUUCAAGUUUAUUACGUUCCCCACCGUGAAAGAACUGGGCUUGAAGAUCUCAGUUAGCAGCGAUGGAGAAUCCGUCCAACUGUCUACGCAGAAGCCCAUCAAAGGAAUCAUCAUGGAUGUUGAUGGGGAAGACGUCAAAUGGAGCGACCAAGCCAUCGAUCUUGUACCAGGUGACCCCCAGGUCGUAAAAGCCAUUGGACUAAAAGGAAGGGAAGUGAAGGUUCGGUUCCUAGGCGAUGGCUCGGCGUGAAGUAAGAUGGAAGCAAAGUCGGCGGUAGGGUGAAUCGAAUGUACGAAAAUGAUUGUAGAAGUGAUUCGAACGUGUAAUACGAGUGUCCUUUAUUCUCUUCAUUGCAUUACUGGUACUAUGCACGUCCUGAACCAAUGAAAAAGAAUUGAGAAAUGACUAGGAAUAUGAAGGGGGCAAGCAUCCCACAGGGGACACAUUAAAAUUACAAACUGUACAGGAGCAGGAAUGCACGACAAGAUACUGUAGCGGAAGGGAGACAGUCUAGUCCGAUCAGUUAUCGGAUAAAAAUCGCCAAAAUAAGAAAAGGCACUCCUAGGGAGCAAGCGAAAUAAGGAAAAUAAGGAAACGGUAAAUAAUCGUAUACGUAGGAGGCAAGUUGAUAGCGAUGCAGAAAACGUUAAUGGGAUGAGCCCACACGUUGUGCAGACAUUGCAGUUAAAACGGUUGCUGGGACGUGGCGAUGACAGACAGGCUUUCCUGAGGUCUCACAUGAUGGUACACUUGCUAGUUUCUGGUGGAUCCGUCCUGGUUGAAGACGAACGUUUCUCUAUUUCAGCAAGGCACAGCUCAAAGACUUUACCGACGUUGACAUUGUUUUUCGCACUCGUUUCCACCCAAGCCGCUUUGUUCUGCUUCGCAAGCUGCUCGCCCUCGGCUGA